UAUUCAGUCUCGGGGAGAGCCGAUCGUUAUUUUCAUUUUUUGUAGAAUGUAUUGGAUUUUUUUUAGUACAUACUCCAUUUAUUUGUCGUGCGGCGGAAGUAUAUAUCAUAGAUGAGACUCCUGUACAUUGGUGUUACCUUAUAGCAUACGUUAUGAAGCCGGUGUUGUAUGGGUUGAUUCCGGUGGCGGACACAGCAGGGUAGUCAUACGCUGUGUAUACAUUGUAUAAAGAGCCAAUCCGGAUAGUUAUUAUAGAGAGACAUGUCAAGCCUGCAGAGACCUGCCCCCCCAGCGCAGACAGUGUCACUGACCCUGGAGCAGGUGAAAGAGGCUCUGGCCGAGGUCCUGGACGCCCUGCAGUCUCCUACAGGCAGCGCCCGCCUGGAGGAAGCCCGAGAGAGCUCCGGGAACGACCUGGGCAAAGUGCUGCAGCUCCUGCUCCCCACGGCCGUACAAAUCCAACAGGAGGUCCUGCAGAACUACGGGUUCAGCCCGGACGGGGAGGGUGUCCUGCGAUUUGCCCGCCUUGUGAAGUCGUACGAGUCUCAGGAUGCCGAGAUCGCAGCCAUGUCCAGCAAAUUGAAGUCGUUCUUCCUGCCUCCCCUGCCGCUCCCUCCGCACGCCGGACUCCCGAUGCCUUCAUCCUGAAUCCAGCCCGAGAGCUCCUUACCCUUCGGACUGGACGUUG